AGAAAAUGGUGCUUAGUAGAGCCUUGCUUCUUUAAUAUUUUGCAGGUCAUUUCAGAAGGAAAGCGCACCCUUUGAGCAUCCCCUUUCACGUUAUGCUGUACAUUGUGACUUUACACUGUUCUUAGCAUUAGCGAGGUUCUACUAGUGCGAUAGCGUUAGCGCCCUCGUCUAGUGACAAGGAGUACUUCCUCUCCGCUCGCAGCUUUGUCAGCUUUGCGGAGUUGCAUUCGCACGCUGUUUGGUUUUAUGGAAUACAACGAAGAGGACUCGAAAGACUUUAGACUUGAAGCGCAUUGACCGAAACAACCUUAAGGACUGAGCAUGGCUCUUUAUUGCUGGUUUUGUAUUUUCAAGUUGGGGUUGUGUGUCAUACUUACAACAAUACUGAGAUUUUCAGACUCUUUUCUUAACCGCGAAGUGUCCCUGAAUAACGAACUGAAAAAUCAUCUUUGUUCGCUCGUUGUCGCAUGACCAAAAAAUGGUGCAUUCAGUGUAGAGAUGCCUCUCUGCUUUGUCGCUCAUUUCCUCUUCGGAAUCGUAUGACCUGCAGCAGCAUCGUCGAUCUUGAUCAUUGUCGACGGUGGGAUUCGUGACUACCGCAGGAAAGAUUAGACCGGUGACGUUCUUCUGACAUGACAUAAGUGGUAGAGCAAGUGGUCAGCUGAGCGAGAAGACUAGGACAUCGAUCUAACCUUACCAUUUGACGAGGAUGGUAUAAGAGUAGGGGCUGCUACGGCGCAUGAUUGAUGUUGUUGCACCUGGUGCUUUUGCAAGAACGCCCUUAUUGAAUUGUUGGAAGCAGAGUUCUAUCUUGCGACUUUGGAAGUGGUCACAGGAUGAUGGAGUCUGACGAAGACUGCGCCUCCGAUGGAGGCAGCUACCAUUACGAUUCCGACGAUAACGACUACGACUCCGAUGUGGAAAUGACCAAAUCGGGCGAUGGUGCGACGCCGGACGUAAAGGAUGCCGUUGUAGAUAAAAAUAGGUCGGACGGAGUUGUCAGUGCCGCUGUGUCCUCAGUCGCGAUUUUAGAAGUUUCUGCUUCAGCAGCGCAACAAUGUGCACCAACGUCGGGCUCAACGGAUGGCAGUUGCGGCUUACCUCUGAGUAGCGCCACAUCACCUCCCAAAGCCACUGAUACACGGAAGCGCGAUGCGUCAAUAGCGGCAACCGUUCGGUCGGUAUCCUUAACUGGACAGCACAGAGAAAAGCGCAGCCAGUCGAAAACACCAACUGCAACGCGGGGAGGGGUCGACGACGGAAACGUACUUCAUAUGUGCUUUUUUCAUGCAUAGGGAACCACAAGUGAUCGUUGGGAAACAACUUAUUCUAAGUCUGUCGCGUAAGAUGUGUCGCGUAUUAUUUGUCAGUAGGUUACAAAUACAAAAGUAGAGAACUACUACCAGAGUCCGCUAUUUUCGUCAUCUACAGUGACACUAGUUGAGUUUUCAGUAUGUGCAUGAAGUCGCGCUAUCCGGUUAUUAAUUUGGUGUUUUCAUUUGGUGUUUUCAUUUGGUGUUUUCAUUUGGUGUUUUCAUUUGGUGUUUUCAUUUGGCGUUUUCGUCCACCAGGUCUUUGACACAGAGCUGUCAGACGAUUACUCUCUUCCCAGUAGCCCCAAGAUACAGCGAAAGCAAGCGUCAGACUUUCGGAGUCUAUCGUUUCCUAGGGACGUGGGGCGCGAAAUAGAUCGACUCGUCGCGCAAGUUAGCGAGCUCACGGCACUAGAGAGUCCUGAAGCGAAAAUUCUACUGCGUGAAUUCAAGUGGGACCCAGAGCAGCUAACAGAGGCGUGGUUCAGCGAUCCGGAACGCCUUUGCAAGAAAGUUGGCUUGACAAUAGCACCUGAAAAUGGCGGACCAGGCGGAUCGUCAUGUAGCUCAAGUAGUUCGUCAAGCAGUUCGUCAACGAACGCAAGCGGGCCAAUCACAUGCAAUGUGUGCUUCGAAACACUGCGCUCGCAGAGGAUACUGACACUUGCGGAUCUGCCGGACCUGCUCUCGAAUACGCCGCGGCCAAAAGACUCCUCGUAUCUUCACGGAGGACGCAGUAGAGGUUUGCCAGCGAGUUUUGGCGUCAUAGACCUUGACCCGGCACCGGACGAUAGCUCGCGGCUGUUGCCGCUCGACGACGACGACGCCACCACUACCAGCUUGCUUGACAAUCCACCAGGGAGAACAGCGAGUGUGGCCCCAGGCCGCCUCGAGCCGUUAGACGACGACGACCCGCAGGCUUUUGCGUUGCCCUGUGGUCACGUGUUUUGCACCCUGUGCUGGAAGGGGCAUUUUCAAACAGGGGUCGGGGACGGCGCUACAUGCCUGACGCUUCGAUGCAUGGCGGAUAAGUGCCCCGAGCGAGUGCGAUGGUCAAUGUUUCCCGUACUCGCGGCAGACUGUGAAGCAAAAGCGCUCGAGUACGAAAGGAAAAGGUACUUGCUUCAAGAUUGGCUAUAUUUAACUGAUCAACAAGAAGAACCCAUUGAAUAAAUUGCUAGUUUUCCAAGAAAUUUGUUCAAGCGCCCAUGACCAUGGUCAUCAACAAUUAUUUCAUCAUCAUCUUCUUCUUACCAGUUACGUCGAGCUUUCCCAGCGAUGUAAGUGGUGCCCAUCACCUGAUUGUAACAAUUGCGUCAUUGUGAAUGAUGUGUGUAGGACUAUAGAGUCUGUCCGAGAUCCGUGGAUUCGAACUGCUAAGAGGCCAGCGGCUGAUACCUCGCCACCCGCAGGGGAAGCCGACGAUGGGCGAAAGGCCGGCGCAGGCAAAGGUGAUAAAGGCGAGGGUAAGGGCCGCGGCGACGCGAAGAGGGCGAAGCAUGGAAGAGCGGAAGCGCGGAUGGUCGAGGCGGCGCAAGAUCGAGCCGAAAUACUCGCACUGCGGCACGACCAGCUGCUAACGAGGAUGGGCGAAUUAAGAGCACAGCGAGAAGCUUUGGUGGAGGCCGGAAAAGACGCGCUCAAAGGAAAGGGCAAGGACGGUAAAGCAAAAGAAGGCAAAGGGAAAGGCGGUAGAGGUGCGAAUUUCAUGGGCGCUCUUUUUGACACUGUAAGAGGAUUCAUGUACCAAGACACCCCGACAGAAAAGGAGGAGAAGCAUGACGUACUACAACACAUUCUAUUUUUUCACGGGCCCGCAUUAGAAGUGAGAUACUGGAAGAAGAAAAAGUUUCUUUCGAGAGAUAAUCAUUUCAGUGACAUUCUUUUUUACCAAACUUUCCAGCCUCGCUCUGUCUAUCUUCAUGUUGUUCCUUCACAUGGCUUCUCAGUUUCUUCAAACCCUCCCUGCUGACUCGGGUAACGCCGAUAUUCAGCCGUUGCAGUGUCGAGAGGUGGAGUGCUCACGUUGUGAGUACAAGUGGUGCUUUGCGUGUAAUAGCGAGGGUCACAAGGGGAUUUACUGCCACGUUGUCCGCAAAUGGUCUGAGAAGAACCAAGACGAGGCAGAGAACGUCACUUGGAUUAUCGCUAAUACCAAAUCCUGUCCGAAAUGCAAGAACCCGAUCGAGAAAAACCAAGGCUGCAUGCAUAUCGUUUGUCGUUGCGGACAUCAAUUCUGCUGGUAUGGAGAAGUUAGAUUUUUGAUGAAUAUAGUAAAGUCUUUCACGCUUUAGUUUCUUAAUUUAUAACGAGUUUAGGAUUUGUAGCUGAAAGACUUACUGAACGAGACGGAUUCACUAGUGCUUUUGCUUCAGUGAUACUAUGAAUUUUUAUACCACUUGGGGACAGCCGACAGCUGCCGGCAUGCUUGCUUGAUAUUUUUCACUCCAGGUUGUGUCUUGCAGACGAUUACAACUACUCGCAUACACGGGACGGCAGGCCGUGCAACAAAUUUAUGCAGCCGGACGAGGAGAAGGAGCAUAGUCGCAAAAAUCUUGCGAGGUAAUUAAGCUGGACUGCUCUCAAGCAACAACUAUGAUGAUUUUUUUGGUUUUGUAAAAAGUUACUAUGAUUGAUGUCAGUAAGAAAUGGUGCAUCAAAUCACUCCUGACGCAUAUCGUCGACUGAAGCCAUGUUAGAUUUGCUUCUCAAUUCCUUUUUCAGGUACGCCCACUUUUUCGAACGAUUUCGAGCACACGAGCAGUCCCAGUCGAUAGCCCAACAGAAGACACUGAAGCAAGUAAGGGGCAAGAUGGAAGAUCUGCAGAAGUUGUUCGGGAAUUGGGAGGACGUGCUGUUUCUAGAAGAAGCGAUCAAACAACUAAUUGACUGUCGCCGAAUGCUGAAGUGGACGUACGCGUUCAGCUACUUCUUAGGCAAGAGCUCAGAGUUGUUCGAGUUCCAGCAAGGGCAGUUGGAGCAGAAAGUCGACUCAUUGCAGGCUUUGUUCGAAAAUUCGCCUUUUAUCAAGCGCGAUCUGCUUGCAGAAGCCGACAAUCCGGAACAGCAGGGAAGCGGUGCGAGUAGUAGUAGUAGCACUAGUACUGGCCGAGCAUCUUCAUCCAGUAGCAGCGCAGCAAGAGCACAUGGCGCAGCUUCUUCCUCGAUAACUGCAACGGCAUCUAGCACUUCCAACAAUACUUUUUCUCUCGUGCCGACCUUCGGAGCGGCGUCAGCGUCUUCGGGUACGCCUGCCUCUGCUGGGGCGACGCGCGAGGAGUUCAUGGCUUUCAAGCAGGAGCUGACGAAUUUGACGAAGGUAGUGAGCAAUUUCUUUCUCAACAUCACCGACUUCUUUGACACCAUCCGACCAGAGCAACUGCUGCUCCUUAAUGGGUCGUCGUCCUGACGCUCUCGUUGUCGUUGAUGAAGUACGGGAGAGAAAGAGGUUCGUCUUACUGGCCAGGAUUCGUCGAGGGUGACUUUUUUUCAACGUUCUAGCAUUUUGAUAGCCAAUUAGCACUAGUCUUACUUGUAUCGCUGAGCUUGCACCCUUUCCCCACGACAGAAGCACUGAGGUGCUAAAGUCAUGAAGGCAAAGAGGGACGGGGUAAGUCAUCACGUAAAGAUAUCUUGUAUUUUGCGAUGAGAAAAAUGAUAGACAUUUCCGCGCGCUCCCCUCGGCCCGGGUGUUAAAUGACCAUUCCGCCUCCAGUCUUCCUGACAGUGACCCGAAGAAAAAAUCCCAAUUCAUUGAUCCCCUGUUCAAUUUCAAUUUUUACGGAAGACAGUAUCACGGCAAGGAAAAGCUGCUUGCUUGCAAACAAAU